AUGAGCCAGCUAUUUACCGCUGUCCUGUUAUUGUGCUGCAGAUACAACGCCACAGGAGCCCAAGAUCGUAGCCUGGAUGCCACCAGUUGUUUGCCACUUAAAAUCGCAGUUGUCAUCUCCUCGGGGCUGAGCGGCUCAGUAGGAGUGUUGAUUCAGAGUCUUAUCUACACUACAUUCACCUCUCUUCUGAACCCAUACAUACCGAACCAGGAUGGAAGAAGACGAAAUCACAAAUACCUAUGUGAUAUAGUAUGUGUAUGUUCAGGACAAUCAACUUGUCUUCUCAUCCCCCUGCAGACUAUUCAGCUGAAGACAGCUGAAGUCAGGGGGGUCAGGAGCCGUGGAGGGUUUCUAGCAGCGGGGUCAAACUGUGUUUUGUGUGCUGAGGAGGUGAGCGACCUCCGAAAUACACCCUGCUACCUUCCUCACGGGAUCGCUCUGAGCGUAAAAGAAUCACCAAAUUUUCUUAAAGUGGGUCACCAUGCAUGGGAGCACUGUGACACAGCCGAGGUGCUGCUGAGGAAAGGCGGUCCCUUAAUCUGCCGUGAAGACCCCAGAGGUUCCAACGUCCUUCACGAGAACAAGGACACCAAUAGCAGCACAGCCAGCACCGGCGACAACUGAAGCCCCUUCACAAAGCUUGUCGGGAGCAAGGAGAUCCUGGGUAACCUGGAUUUACCACAGGGGGGGCUGUGUGCCCUCAUCCAGGCCCCCGUGUUUGAGGUGAUGGCACGAGAAGAAGCAUCAACCCAAAAAUGUGCAGCAGGAACGCUUUCCAACAACUCCCACAACAUCCUGCAGAUAAUAGCCGAAGCAUGCAAUGCACUGACCUCUGGGGUUGUUAUGGAGAACAGCAAGCUGCCGCCAGGGGGUUCAAACGUCUCUUAUAUUUCACACAGUAAGGACCGCACUGAGCAAAUAAGGAAGUGCUCCGGCAUCUCCGCCUGGGCCAAGGUGAGCUUUAAUGUAAGCAUAACAGCACCUUGAUACGUGACUGCUUCACACCCACCACCCUGUGUUAUUAUUAGGCCCCCCAAGGCUCCAACCAAGAGGCAUGUGUGCAGAGAAAGCAUCCUGUGCAGGGCCUUCUCACUCACUGGUUUGAAUCUACAGGAGAGUGAGACAAGGUUUUAUCACCCUAACAGCACUCUGGUAGGUCAGACUGUUGUCCUAGCAACAGUAGCCCCCUCUCCAGGCCCUCACAGGUGUAUGGUGGACCCGCGGGGCUUGAGAGUACACAUCCUGCUGAGGACAGAACAAAAAGAGUCUGUCCACGUCCGGGUACCAUCAGGUAGCAUCAUAAUCCUGAUCACUGCAGUGUUAUCAGCUGCUGUUGUGCUGCUACUGCUGCUGGGUGUGCUUUUGUUGCUGCUAUGGAAACUACUUGCCAGCAUAAUUGACCGUAGGGAGUUUGCCCGUUCCCUGAAAGAUCUGGACUCUUCUGUCAGAGCCCUGACUCCAUUAUGGUCUGCAGGUGUGAGCCUGGGACUCCCCAACGGAUGA